UGAGAAAUGUGAGCUGACGCAUAUACCCAGUACAUUCAGAGGCUUAUCAGCAAGUCCGCCACAGAAAGAACAGAAGGAUACUUCGACACGUUCUCGCUAGACCUGAUACAUCUGCCAAAUCCAAGUCUGUGAAAACCCGUGGAUAGGAGUUUUACCCCAUAUCCAAUCAUAUUGGUCGCCUCCUUCAGGCACGGCUGCUUUCAAGCAGGCACAGUACACAGACGGACAAGUCGUAGAUCUGCACAGCCAUGCUAUCCACCCGCUCAGUCUAUCUGUAGCACUACCUCAUAACACACAAUAUGAAGUGGCAUUAGCUGGUGCUAGUCAGCCAGUGCCAGGAACUCAUGUUGAGCAUGCAGUGUCCAUGGACCCGCCUGCUUUGCCGCGAAAGCGCAAGGCGCCGACCCUUCGCGCGGACGACUGGGAGUCGUAUAAGGAACGCAUUCUCGACUUGUAUGUUGAGCAGAAGUUGCCCUUAAAAACGUUUAGGCAGAAAAUUGAGGCGGAAUAUGGUUUCAAAGCUGAGUCACGGCAGUACCGAACGCGAAUCAGUCAGUGGGGUAAGGACAAGAAUAUCAAGCCAGAAGAGAUGGAAGCGAUCGUGCGAAAGCGUCAGAAGAGGAAGCUUAUCGAGACCAACAAGGGUCAGCUUAAAUUUGAGGUGCGAGGCAGCGAAGUUGAGCCGCAGAUGAUUGAGCGGCGGAUGAAGAGGCACGAGGUAGUGGACAGCUUCCUCUAUGCGCCUAGUCCGGCAGCAUCCACGCCGUCUGCUGUAGGAUGCCAUACGAUUUCUGAGCGAGGAUCUCCUGCGCCGAACUCUGUGUAUUCGCCGACCGCUUCGGUCUGGUCGCCUGGAGGCAUAUAUCUAGCGGGCCAGAGUCCGCAGAUAAUAUCUCCUCCUGUGUCAAUCUCAAGCAUUGUUCAGACUAGCAGUAGUGCCUUUACUGGAAAGAGCCCCAGUUUGGCAUACCGAUCACUCGUGGACGUCCACGGCAACUUCCUGCCUACCUCUGGCGUUUUUGAGGCCGGGGUGCACGUUGGUCGACAAUCGCGAUAUAGAGAAGAUGAAGAAUAUCGUCUGCAAGAUCAGAUCCAUAUGGUGGAAAGCACGUCCGGGACCAAUUCUUUAGAGAGAUUGAGUAUACUGUGCAGACUCGGAAAUGCGCUCAUAUGUCAAAGGUGUUAUAGAGCAGCCGAGGAGACUGCCCGCAAGCUGUUAGAGGGUUGUGAAAGCCAGGAAAACAAUAGUGACAAAGACGAGAGGAAGUCGAGGCUUUAGAUUUUUUAGGUGAAAUACUAACCUAUCAAGGUAUGUAUGACGAGGCGAAUAGACUAUUACGGCGAGCACUACAAGGCAGAGAGAAGUUGCUUGGACACGAUCAUCCCGACACGCUCACUAGCGUUGAUAGCCUUGGGUGGGUAUUAGAGCGCCAGGAGAGGUACGAUGAGGCCGAAGCGCUACUUCGACGAGCGUUAGAUGGGAGAGAGAAGUCGCUUGGACACGAUCAUCCCGCCACGCUUUAUAGCGUAUACCAUCUCGCAUUCCUCUUCCAUUAACAGCGCCUUUAUAAGACAUCUCUAGAACUCUACGAGCGAGCCUGCGUUGGAUACCAGCUUAAACUUGGUGCGUUACAUCCUGAUACACUUGCAUGUCAAAAGGAUCGGGAGUCUGCUAUGGAGGGCAUGCGAAUAAAAUAAGCAUUCUUAGAUCGUUAAAUAUUUAGAGAGCUGCACGAAGUAAUAGUAGGUACCUAGAGGUACUCGAUGACACUACGCCA